CCUGCCUUAACUGACGGUAAAUUUGACGGUGCACGGGAAGUCGAACCCGCAGGUAAAGCCCAUUGAGAUCUUCUGUUUCGGAAAAAGAGAACAGAGCAAGGGGUGUUUAUCAUAAAAGGGUUUACAGAGAAUGUUCUGAAAAAGAAAACAUAUCCAGUAAGCGGCAGUUCUGUGGGCGCAAAUGCAUUGUUGAUGUCAGAGGAGAAUGGCCAAACUGGUUCGAGCUGAUUAAAAGACCACGUUAACUCAAAUAACUUCGCAUCAUGGAUGUGCAGCCGACAAAUCUGCAGCAACUGCGUGAUGCUAUCAAGUCAAUAUUGACUAAAAUCUCUGAUGAAUAUUACCAGUAUCUUGUUGAAUCUAUGCCACAAAGGAUUAAUGCAGUCCUGAAGGCAAAAGCAGGUCCAAAACAGUACUAGUAAGGUGUACCUAAUAAAGUAGCCGUUUAACCUCCAAAAGCAACUAGUUAGCAGCUGUUAUCCACGUGAGCGGAUGGGAUGGCAGAUCAAAGUCCAGCCAAAAAAGUAAAAUGUCAAGUCAAGGGUUUCCUUUCUGAAGUGAGCCCUAUAAAAAACACAAAGGCUCCAUAUUUUGAUGCCGUUCUUCAACAUGAAGGUGAAUGCAGCAAAAUUGUGUCCUUUAGACCAGAGGAUCACAUGCACUUCCACAAUGCUGAAAGCACGCGGAGUCUGGUGACACUAGAGGAUGUCGUAUUACAGCCGUCCACCAAGUCCAGCAGAAAAAUGAACGUGUUUUACACACACCGCUCCAAAAUGUCCUGCGUUCGCGACCUGAGAGAAGCAUUCAAACACAUCCCGUCUGCUGGACCACGAGAUAUACAGGUGUCUGAACUUCUAAAACGGGAUACAAAACCAAAUAAGGUCAAUAUUAAUGUGAAGAUCAUCCAGGAGGUGUGCAAAGGGAACAAAGUUGUCUGGGAUGGAAGCUACCUUCCUAAAACUGAGUAUAUAGUAGCGGACACUACAGGAUCCAUCAGUCUGACGGUCUGGCGUGAACACAACAUUACUGUCGGAGACUGGUACACCAUCACUAAUGUCUCUGCGAAAGAAUUCAGAGGCAAAGCAACUCUAUCGACCACCAGAAACACACAGAUCCUCAACAUACCAUCUCGAGGGACAGCGGCUGCUGCUGAAGUGCCGACGCAGACUAUAAAAUGUGACAUCAUUGGUGCAAACAUUGAAAGUCUUAUCAUUUGUCCACAUUUACAUGAACUCAAGAGUGUGACAUCAUCAAAAUCCACUGUGUAUUGUUUUUCAUGCAACACGUAUUACAAAACCACUGCCAUUGUCACAAAGUUUAGUGGUCAUCUGAAUCUUAAAGCAGAAUCGGGGAAGGUUGUGAGGGCCAGGAUUGAAGAUGAGCUGAUCAGAUCAGUGGUCAGAGUGGAGGACGCUGCGUCUCCACAGGACAUCAUUCAGAGAUUAAUUGAGCUGCCGCCCAUGCAGAUUACCAUCCGUGAAAACAACAUUGUGAAGAUUGAAGAUGUUCCUAAAAACACUGAAAUCAAGGCUGAAGCUGAAGCAGAGCUGCCUGUUAAAAUGGAGCCUGUGGAAGAAUCUGACGACUUCUGUUCACCACCAGACCAUGGGGUUUUAUUCAGUUCACAAUCCAGAAAAAGACCAUUUACUGACUGAAUCUGAUCAUCGAAGAUCACUUAAACUUAAAAAAGCUAAACUCAACUUAAAAAGCAUUUUAGUUACAAGUACAAGAUGCAAAAACAUAUCAAUAUAUGCAGCAUUUUUUUAAAUGAAAAUUAA